GGAAAGGGCGAAAGGCAAGAAGACUGGAGCUGAAAAAGAAAUGUGUGUUGCAGAGAUAUUACGAGCUAAAACGCAAAAAAGUGAAACUAAAAUUGUGAGAUGUCAAAUGCGCCAAACUGACAGAUGUUUUCCGUGAUGAAGGGGCCAAGGUUGCAGAUGACUGUUGGACUGCUGCGCAUUGACAGCUGAGAGGAGUUUCCAGCAGGGCUUGAGAAAAGACCACAGAAAGCUGUCGGCUACCUGAUGACUGGCUGGGUGCAGCAGAGUCUGCACUGUGGCCUCUGCUGAAAGAAGUGGAUAUAUCUGCUCCAAAGAGAGAAGUGACAGCUGAUGUCCUGGCCCUGACACUCUGCUUUAUCAGCUCUGCAAAGCCUGUCUGCUUCCUAACCAGCUGUAGGUCCCAUGGCCUCCCUGUCUGUUCCUGGCACUGUCAGGAGCACAAAGGUCAUAUUCUGCUGGGACAUGCUGGUAGUGAAGAUUUAAGAUUUAGAAGAUUUUACUGAUGAGAAAAUAGAAGACAGCUGGUCGAUGUCAGUGGGUUUCCACAGUCAGAGAUUCCCAAGUUUAUCGACACCUAACAUCAAUGAGGCCUCAAGUAAGGAUGUCACUGCUUCACUGCACAGGAAUGUCCUGUCAUGGGGUGUGUGGCGGGGGCAAGAGGAGAAGGAGAGUGUGUCUCUUAGAGCAAUAACACACUCUGCCUCCGCUCAGACUGCAGAUAGCCGAUCUUACAGGGGAGUUUCCAACCUGUCCAGGGUUGCGAGUGUCCCAGAUGUGGUGGAACGGUGGCCAAAGUCAACAUUUUCCUCCAUCACCAUCGCAGCCCAGAGGAUUUUGCCGUCACCACAGGACCCCGUGUAUCCAUCUUCUCCAGCACAGCCUGUGACGGCAUCAACUCCACUGAAACUACCGGAAAGUUUUGAAGGAAGAGCCUCAUCCAUACCCACGAGCACAAUGAGAGUGUCAAACUCCCAAACGGACGUGUGCAGACAGAAUCUUUCUGUCUUGAAGCCAAAUGAGUUCAGACAGGCCUUCUCACCAGCUGAUGGAUUGGCAGUGAGAGAUCAAGGGAAGAGGAAAGUACAACUUGUACAACGCAGACUGAACUGCACAGAGAGCAACAGAAAGCUGGACAGGAUAGGUGGCUCGUUAAUGAACCUGUCCUCACAGCCUUCCUUCCGGUCUUGUAUCCAUCUUGAGGUGCCACUGAGGUCCACUAGCUCUGUUUUGUUUUUGGACAAGUCACUUUCCAUUUCCCUUGUGGAACUAGAGGAAAGAAGAGCAGGUCAACCCCCUUUGUACAGGUCUACCUUGUCUGUUCGCCUCGGUGUCUCAUCCUGCCUCAGAUCCUCCACAGAUAACAAAGCAAGCAAAAUAAAUGAGGGUUACGGGAGACCCAGAGCAGCCAUGUUGGGGCGAAACAAGCGCAGUGGCCGAGAGAGUGGUUCGGAUCAGUGCAGCAGAAGCCCUCUAUCAAAGCACAGGGGCCACAAGGUCGAGCAAAUAGCACCCGCUCAUGGUGUUAACAGCAAGGCUGAUGAUUCAGGCACACAGUGCCACAGCACUACUUUGGGAUUAUUGUCAUUCAGAGGGCCAAGCCCCUCAAACACAAAGGCUGGCAGGCAGAAGGGGAAUGCAGAUGAGGCAGCCUUCCCUAUCCGUAGCAAUUUCAGGCACAGGCAGCACACUUCCAAUAUUGGCCCAGUGGACUCCAGAACUUGGAGCAAGCAAGCUGGGAGAGAAAAGACAGAGGAACAACAACAUGACUCUUCCUCGGAGCCUCAACAUGUCUCGGAUCAGACCUGUCAUUCCCAACUUAAGGCCAAUUCUCUGGAAGGCACAUCCAAGACUCUCAGCCUCAAAGAGGCUCUGGAGCUCUUCAGGCCAGACUUCAUCAGCCGAUCUCAGGGUCGGGUGAGGAGGUUGGAGCAGAGGGCUAGGAGAAGGAAAUCGCUGCAGGACUCCAAUCCAGACCUGGUGCAGGGCCUCAGGGAGGAUCGAAGCAAGCAAAAGAGGAACUGCACCACCCCAGAUCCACUUAGUGAUAACCUUUUCAAGCCUAGAGAGAGGUCUAUAUCAGGCAGAGAGAUGCAGCUGAGGUCCAGACGGAUUUACAACAAGCUGCCAGAGGUGACAAAGAAGAAAGAGGAGGAGAAAAAGAGGGCUGUAUCACAAACCAACAGAUUGCGAGCAGACGUCUUUAAAAAGAGACUUCUGAACCAGAUCCUGCAAAGAUAAAUGAGAGACACCGAAAGGCAAAUGGAGUUCAUUCACGGACCAUUCUUCAAUUUUCUCAAUAUAAAUUGGCUUUGCAGUUAAUCAUCUAUGCAUAUCAUUCCCACUGUUGUAUCUUUGUUCUUUGAAAGUAGUGCAACAAAAAUAUGUUUUGCUGUUCCCAGGGUGACAGGAAGACAUGUUUGGUGAAGCUUACUUGAUUUGUCAUCAGUGUUUAAAGAUAUAAUUUGAUCUGACAUGUAGCAAAGACACAUUAAGAAAUCUUUGCUUGUGCCACAUUGGCAGAUGACAGCAAAACAAGCAAUUUUGUUGUCUAAAAUUCAUUCGUUCAUGUAUUAUCCAUCACCGCUUAUCCUGGUAUAGUGUCGGGGGAGAGAUGGAGCUUACCCCGGGUGUCACUGGGCGAGAAGCGGGGUACACCCUGGACAGGUUGCCAGACUAUCACAGGGCUGACACAUAAAAAUAGACAACCACAUAUGCUUACGUUCACACCUACAGGCAAUUUAAAGUCACAAGUUAACCUGCAUGUCUUUGGACUGUGGGAGGAAGCCGGAGUACCCGGAGAAAACCCACGCUGACACGGGGACAACAUGCAAACUCCACACAGAACAGCUCCCCUACCCCGGGGUUUGAACCAGGAACCCUCUUGCUGUAUAAAUGCUGAUAAAGGGAGGUGGGACCAAGUCAUUUUGCAAGUCUCAAGUUAGUCUGAAGUCUUUGCACUCAAGUCCAGAGUCAAGUCUGUAGUCAAGACAGGGAAGUCCCAGGUCCGAAACUUUGAGUUUCAAGUCUUAAACAAGUCAUAUUGUGCUAUUCAGCAGAUGAAAUGUCAUUUUAACACAGAAUAACAAUAAAUUAAAUUUACAAAAAUCAUGAGUGCUUUUAAAAUUUGUGUUUAUUUGUUUAUCAAAACAAGUACAAUUGAAAUUAAUCAUAACAACAUAAUGCUGACAUUGCACUUUAAUAGGACAUAGCGCUCUUAAGCAGUACCACAAUUAGCUCAUAGCGCCCACAUUAGCUCGCUAACUAUGCUAAUAUUAGCCUCAGCUCCCUGUUCUUUGUGCAACUUCAAAUGUCAGACGAGAUUGGAUGUUGUUGCGUUUCCGUCCAUAGUUGUUGAACUGCAUGUUUUGCAUACUGCAGUUGUUUUUUUGGUGACCAUUUUGUAGUUUUUGUACACAAAUGAAAUUAUAUUUGGUAUCAUUUUUUCCAAUUAGCACUCACUAAGGUAAGGUUGGUUUGUCAUGGUUCUCUGCAACUUGACUGGAUGCUGUUGGGAUUUAGUGCUGACUGGGAAUGAACAGCAUUAGUGUUGGUUGAUUCAGGAAAUCAAGGAAAAUGAAUUCGCUGGUGGCACAAGUUUGUGAUCUGCAGGCUUGGGGAAAGGUAUCAAGUAGUUUCAAAUCAAAAGUCCUUGGUGUUAAAGUCAAAGUCAAGUUGCAAGUCUUCUUUGAUUUGUUCAAUCUAAAGUCAAGUGAUCAAAGUCAAAUUUGAGACUUCAGUCUGACUGGAGUCCAAGUCAUGUGACUAGGGUCCCCUCCUCUGCUAAUAAGUUAAUUGUUGUCUGCUGACACUGACAAAGCCCAACCUCCUCACCUACCACCAACACACUCAUAAUUAAGGGUUUGACGGCUGAAUUAUUUAAGAAAUGAAACUGUAAUCUGUCUUCCCCGCUCAAAUUAACACCCACUGAUUAAACGCAACACAGAUUAAUCACAGAAUUUUGCUCAUUUCCUUCUUAAUGAUUCCAUUCCUUAUCUACAGUAUCAUUUUCCUCUAAUGUAUCUCAAGUGUCUCGAAAUGAAAUAAAAGCAUUCCAAGG